AUGAUUUAUUUAUUUCCUCUACUUCUACGAGUGUCAAUCAAUACUUGUGAAUUAAAAUAUCUUACAGUGUUCUUGGGUGUCUUGCCAAAUACUCCCCUUUUAAAACUGUAUUUAUUGCGUUUUCCCAUCUUUAUCAAUCAAACCAAAUAUUUUUGUAAACUUAUUUGCAGAUAUUGGUGUGUGUAUUCAUCUGUUUCUGAAUGGCAAACAGUCUGGGGAUCCCUGGUGGCGGUGUUUGUCUCUUUGUCAGCGGUUCUCACAAGUGUGGUUGGUGCUGUCUGGCAUGUUCGUGACAAAACAGCAACACCAGUUAUCAUUGUGUCACAUCUACUGCUAGCUGCACCGGUAGAAAGGUUCUGUGCACACAAGAAAGCUUUAAGAGCACUCAGUGAUGUGUCAGUGUUACGUCUGAUUGAAGCCUUCCUGCAGUCGGCGCCUCAACUGGUGUUGCAGAUGUAUAUAAUACUGUGUGAGAAGAGAAUCUGUUGGAUUACAGGGUUUUCAGUCGCCUGUUCUUUGUUAUCUUUGACCUGGGCUGUGACGGCCUACUGUGACACCCAGUGUUCGGCACACAGUUCCAGCCACUGUCGUCACAUUGUGAGACUCUUGCUACACUGGGGCUGGCAGCUGUUCAUGACUGCCGCAAGGAUAUCUGCCUUUGUGCUCUUUGCCUGUGUUCUAGGGGGCUGGAUGUUUGCUGUCAUGGGUGCCCACUGGCUGGUAGCAUUUGUGUGGAUCUCAGUUCGAGGCACGGACUACGGCAGGGGCCACGAAAGGUGGCUGUUUCGGCUGGUUUGUGCCUUCAUUUACAUUUUUGUCUUCCUCAACCUCAACAAAGGCAAGUCUAGAUGGAGGAUUGCCGCAUAUUACCUCCUGACGCUGCUGGAGAACAAAGGGAUGCUGGCAGUGUUCCUGGUCAUGGGAGGCAGCAGCAUGAUUCUGUUGCCUUGUCUGGUUGUUAUUGCUGGAUUCUUCUUAGGUUUGGCAUGUAUGCUGAUGUACUAUGCAUUUUUUCACCCGUCUGGAUCCAUAAAACGAGUGACGAGAUUGUUCCUUCCACAUUUAACUUCAUCCAGCAUUUCUAGAUCCACAGCUAGAGAGGAGACUGAUCUACAAAUCUUCAGCGUAGAAUCGCCUAAAACUCUGUCACUAGUAGAGAGCGCAUCUUCUCAAAUCAGCUUUAAUGCAAGCAUUUUGCCAGUGGCAUCCACUAGCAUUCACAUCAGUCACUUGGAUGAAACCAACAGCUUCAGAAAGACUAACUCGUUUGUCAAUUUAUCACAAAAGACCCUGCAGAUGGUUUGGCAAAGUGGUAUGGAAUCUUCUUCAGGCAGUUCGUCUUCUUCUAUAGUUUCUACAGAAAAUCGAAGUGGUUUAAUCAAACGCUCAUCUUCGUUUCAGUCCGAUAAGUCACAUGGGUCUGCAGCUAGUGACAGUAGCUUGCUACCUCCGCUGUCAGAGAGAAACUCACUGAGCAAAUCUCCACAGAGAAAUUUUGAUCUAGCAGCAGCAGAAUUAGAUAGCCUGAAGCGAGAGCAGGCACAAGAUACCAGUGAAAGUGAUAAUGUGAAUAACUUCAGUGGCAGAUCUAAGAGUCCUACACUUAGCAAGGACUCCUGGUCAAGGCUGUCUGACCAAAACAUAAAGCCAUUAAUCAUGGGAGACUUCAGUCUUCUGGGCUUCGAUGAGUCCUCUUCUACUGAAAAAAGAGUCAGUGAUAGUAGUUCAUUCAGUAGCCAAGCAAAAAGCUUAUCCCUUCUUGAUGUCUCCAAUCUGUGGAAGGAUGUGCAUGUUCGAAUAAGGGCCACUAUUGCAGCAACAGUUGCUGCCGCAAUGGGGAAUUCAUCUUCAAUUGAAGGUGCUUCAGUCAGGAAUCAGUCAGUCUCAUCUAGUAAUUCUGCAGCUUUGAGUCAGGAAGACAGUUUAAAUUCAACCCAUAGUGUGUCUGUCUAUAGCCAUGACACGGCUUUCAUGGAUUCUAAUUCAAGUUACAAAGAAUCAUUAAAUAUUUCACAACAAAAUAAUCUUCAACGUUUCUCUCAGCAUCAGGAAUCACAAAGUGCAUUGGCAGAAAUUUUUGAAUCAUUUGGUCGUGAAGAACUGUCAGACGAUGAAACAAGGGACCACACAAAUGAAAUAAAGAAAACAAACACAACACAGAUUCCUGCCUUAGCUGCAAUGAACUGCAGUAGUCCAUUUAAUUUGGACUCAACACUGACAGUUAGUAAAUUAGAAGUUCAGAAAUCCAAGUCAUACUUGGCUUCCCAAAGGAAAAAUGAUUCUGUAACUGAUCAACAGAUUAGCUGUCCAGUUGUUUAUUCAUACAGAUCUCCAGUCCAGAAUUCGUUAAAUGUUGCAAACUCAGGGAGUACGGAAGCCUGCAAAGGUGAUUCUCCUUUUACAGAUCAAGAACUUGUGGCUUUGAUGGCAAAGUCUUUAAGGAACUAUGUCGAAGGCAAUUCAUCCUUUGACUCAAACCAGCCGGAGCGGGAAGGUCUUGCCUUGACUUUAGAGGACCUCCGUGUCAGUCGAGAGGGUAGCCCAGAAACGAGUCCUUUGUCUCAUAAAAUCAAAGGCAGCUGGAAAAGUCAGAGUGGUUCGUCUAUGAUUCGAAACAGUGAGGACUCUUCACCAGCUAGCUCUGCUUCUAAAAUGAACAGAGUUAUCAGUGUUAAAAAGGCAGAAGCAAAACUAUCCCCAAAUGCUUUCAAACAGAUUGAAGACUUGCCUCAGAGGCUUCAGAGUUUGGAGGAUCUAGAAGACAAUGAAGUAGCUGUGGUACCUCAUAGCGAUGCUUUGAAAUUCAUCAUGGAUUCUUAUGGGUCCUCCGCAGUAACAGAUCUCAGUGUUAAUACACCUGUCUCUCAAAAGUCAUUUUUUCAAACUCCACUCAGUGGUUUAAAUCCAAAGUCUAGAUCAGGUACUAAGCUACACCAGCAGCUCUUACCUUAUAGCAACAGAGACACCUCGAACAUUCCAGUGUCACCACGAGGCAGGGGGAAGAAUACAAUACAGAGACAGGUUUACAAUACAAAUCAUCAAGAUGUAGACAAAGCCAACCAUUCAAAAGUUCAUGGUGGAGUUUCUUCCACAAAGAAAUUAAAUGUUCAUUUCAGUGGAGCUUCUCAAAUGGAAAACAAAAAGUCUUGUGAGCAGGCGAAACAUGGCAGGGGCUCUAGUUCAGCAUCAGAUGGGGAGGGUUAUGUAUCCGGGAUGUACUGUCCUCCCUUAUGUGCAGGCGAAACUGACUCAGAACAAAACUACAUUCAGAAAAAUUUAGAUCGUGAUCACUUGAAAUAUGAUUUAAAUAGAGUUAGUAAAUGUUUUCUUGGAGCACCUGCUACUACAGACAAGAAACACACCGUACAAGCAGGUGACCGUGAACUGUUUAAUCACCAGAGAAGAGAAACAAACAUAAGAGAUCCACAUUUUUACAAACAAAGAUCCGACCUGUUAACUCUACAGCAGAUGAAGCCAGUGCCUCACAAGCCCCAGCCAUCCAAACCUCACCCAUACCAGCAUACUCAUUCGCCAUCUCGUCAGCUUUCAGGGGAAAAUGGUGUUCAGAAAACCUCAAAUGCCGUUGACAAACCUGGCAGAACAACAUGUGUUUGGUCACAUGCUGUGGAUGAACUGUCGGACAAUGAGCUACACUUGUCAGUGGAGCAUGUUGCCGAGUAUUUCUCUGAAGCCUUAGAUGUGAAUUCCAUAGACACACAUAGCGGUGCUAGACCAAAAGUGCAUUGCCCCCAGGCCCAACGUCAAGUUCCAGGUUUUCGCCAGCCACUGCAGCGGUUAGAAAAUUCUCAGCACUUAUCUCCAGAAGCAAAUAGCUUCAGGUUAGGUAACAGGCAGGGUAAUGAUUCACUGCCAUACAGGCAGAUACAGAACCAGCGGCAUGCAGAAACAAGUACAGUAAAUUCUCCGGACAUACUCCAUCAAAGAUAUGAACUUCAUAGAAAGCAUCAAACUCAUCACAUAAAAGAUAUACCCAGGACCAGGCUACAGUUCGAAUCUGAUCAGUCAGCAAGACUGGCUUCAAGACCUCCUCUAGUAGAGCCAAAAAGAUUGACUCCAGGAAGUUCUAUAAACUUGUCCGAUAAAUCCAGUUCCAAAGUGCGAUUUUCUUUAACACAAGAUCGAGAUAUUCCACCAAAUCGAAUCAUUCACAAAACAAAAGGCUUGUCUCGCAAUCAGUGA